GGAAUUUUUCUCUAAUCACGGUGGAACAUUUCAUAACAUAAUCGCGGAUACUCGGACUUCGGUACACUAUUAACGUCGAAUUUUGAAGUUUGAUACCGCGCAUUGUUUGGAGGAAGUCUGGUGACUUCUUAUUUUAUUUAGAACGCUGUUCGAAUGCUUUGAGUUCAACAUGUCAUUUUACAAACGUUCAACUGAGUGCAGCUGGAAUUUCUGCAGACAGCAACUUCUGUGACCGAUUUAUAUUACCGCUCAUCGAGGUUCCUGUCUCCCUAAAACACUCAACAGAACAAGCAUUAAUAUGAGUAAUUUAGCGAUGCUAAAAUGUCACACAUCUCAGAGCGGGAAACUGCGGUUGAAUCUUAUCGUAAUAUUUGGCUUGAUUUUUGUGAGCUUCACCGGUCUAGCUCGAGCAGCUUGUGAUUGUGGGACAGAAUGUUCCUGUAGUCAAAGCAAUUGUACUGCUGGACAAUAUUGGGUCUGUAGUAACUGUGUUGACUGUCCUGCUGGACACUUCUGCCUGGGAAACAGUACUGCCCCUGAGCCCUGUCCAGCGGGAACCGAAAAUCCGAAUACCGGUUCAAAAAACUCAUCCGAUUGUACGGCUUGUGUAUCGGGAACAAACAGCACAGCAGGUUCAGUAGCAUGCACUACACCUUGUCCUGCUGGUUACAACUGUACUUUAGCUGGAAAUAUCACUUUGUGUCCCGUUGGAACAUAUUCUAAUUAUGGAGAAGGAAUCUGUCACUCUUGUCCUACUGGUAAAGUGUGCUUGGAUCCUACUCAGCAACCUCAGUAUUGCCCUGGAGGUUAUGAACCAAGUCUUUUGCAAUCAAACUGCUCAGUCUGUGAGCCAGGAACAUUCUCAUAUAAUGGCACAUCUUGUCAAUCAUGUGCCAAUGGAAGCUAUAGUCUUGGAGCAGCAGCAGAAUGUACUGUUUGUCCACCUGGAAAUCAAUGUUCCAACCAAACAGUUGUGCCAGUUAGAUGUAAUCCUGGAGAGUAUGCUGCUGCAGGGCAAACUUCUUGUUUACAAUGUGAUAAAGGAUUUUAUUGUCCAAAUGUUUCCUUAGCAAGUCCUUUGCCUUGUUUCAAUGGUACCUACACAGACACUGUUGGGCAAACACUAUGCCAGUUGUGCACAGCAGGACAUUUUUGUCCCUUUGCUUCUCAAGGGGAGCAGCCUUGUGAGAAUGGAACAUACAGUAAGAAUGGCUCAACUGUCUGUACAGAGUGUCCAGGUGGACACAGUUGUGCUGACCCAAGUACUGAUCCAUCUGAAUGUCCAGCUGGUAAUUAUGCUCCAUCAGGGAGUUUACACUGUCAGUCCUGUCCAGUGGGAUCUCACUGUCCAUCAUCAGGCCUUUCAGUAUAUGUCCCUUGUGUUAAUGGCACUUACACAGACAGUGUAAAUCAAAGUAUUUGUCAGAGCUGUCCAGCUGGUAAAAAAUGUUCAAAUCCUGCUCAGCCACCUGAGGAUUGUCCAAGUGGGACAUAUAGUAAGGGUGGGGCAACAGAGUGUACCAUUUGCCCUGAAGGCCAUCAAUGUCCUGUGAACUCAGCUGAUCCAAUCCCUUGCACAAAUGGUACUUUUGCUCCAGCGCAUAGUAUCUUUUGUCAUUCCUGUCCUAUUGGUUCACAUUGUCCAUCCGAGAAGCUUCCUUAUCAUCUCCCUUGUGCGAAUGGGUCUUAUUCGGUUGUGAAGAAUGCUACACGCUGUUUAGAAUGUAUGCCAGGUUUUAAAUGUCCAAAUCCUGCUGAAGAACCAGUGGAAUGCCAGAAUGGAACUUACAGUAAAGCUGGAGCUACCCACUGUAUAGUGUGUCCAAGUGGCCACAAGUGCACAGACAAUUCAGCUGACCCAAUUCCAUGUUAUCAAGGAUCCUUUGCUCCAUCGAGGAGCAUUGAGUGCCAGGAAUGUCCUUUGGGGUCUCACUGUCCAGCUAAUGCCUCAGAGAAACAUGUUCCAUGUGAUCCUGGGUCUUUUGCUAAUGUUACAUCACUCACCAAGUGUUUAGAAUGUCCAGCUGGAUUCAUUUGUCAGAAUCCUUCUCUAGCCCCAGUGCCCUGUGAAAAUGGAACUUACAGUAAAGGUGCUGCUACAAACUGUACCAUGUGUCCAGCAGGAUUCAGGUGUCCCAAAAAGGGCUCAGACCCUAUUCCAUGUGAGGCAAAGACAUAUGCACCAAGUGGGAGUCUUGUUUGCUCUCAGUGUCCAGCUGGAUCACAUUGCCCUUCAGCUCAACUAUCCACUCAUGUUCCUUGCCGUAAUGGAACAUAUGCAGAUUCAGAAGGACAGGAUACAUGUAGCCAAUGUCCAGAAGGAUUCAAGUGCCUAAAUCCUGCUGUCUCGCCAGUCCCUUGUGAAAAUGGAACCUUUAGCCUCACUGGCUCUACUCAGUGCACCAUUUGUCCAGCAGGAUACAGGUGCACUGUUAAGAGUGAGGCCCCUGUGCCAUGUGGAAGAGGAUAUUAUGCUUCUGAAGCAAGCAUGUCAUGUCAUGUAUGUCCUGUAGGAUUUUAUUGUCCUCUCUUGAUCACUGCCAGUCCACAACCUUGUCCUUCUGGAUUUUAUGCAAAUGAAACUAAAUCCGAGAGCUGUGAGGAAUGUGAAAGAGGUCACAAGUGCCCAGACCCUACUCUGUCUCCAACAGAGUGCCCUGCUGGUUAUUUUAGUGCAGUAAGGGGUCAAACAGCCUGUACUCAGUGUGCACCAGGAUACUAUUCUGAAACAACAGGGCAGUCAACUUGUCAGGUGUGUCCUGCUGGAAGCCGCUGUCCCCUGAGAGACAGCUCACCAGUUCAAUGUGUUUUUGGCCAGUAUUCCCCAGAGGCCUCUACAGAAUGUCUUACAUGCCCAGCUGGGAAAAUCUGUUCAGAUCCUGCACUCCCACCAGUCACAUGCAGUGUUGGAACUUACAGUAAUGGCUCUCACUGUAUUCCAUGUAAUGUUGGCCAUUAUUGUCCAUCUCCUACAAAUGUUCCUCAACCCUGUCCUGAUGGUACCUACUCUGAUGAAACAGGAGCAGUUAGCUGCAAAGUGUGUGAUGCCGGACAUUCCUGCCUAAAUCCAUCCAACUCACCAGUUCCAUGCUCUGCUGGAGAAUACAGUAUAUCUGGACAAGUAACAUGUACUAAAUGUCCAGAUGGUAGAUACAGCCUUGGUGGAGCAUCUUCUUGCCUUAUCUGCCCAGCAGGACGGUCAUGUGUAAAUGGUUCUGAUCCAAUAUCUCCAACAGAGUGUCAUCGAGGAACAUAUAGUCCACCUGGAGUUGGCAUUUGUCAUGCAUGUCCACUUGGAACCUAUUCUAACACAGGGGCAUCAUUUUGUUCUCCUUGUCCUGCAGGACACUCAUGUAAUGAUCCCAGCCAGACUCCAGUAGCAUGCACCUCUUCAGAAUACUGGAACAACGGUGGAGAGAUCCCACGUUGUGCUCCAUGUCCUGCUGGCUACAACUGUACCAAUGUGACUCAGCCUCCAGUGCCUUGUAUGCCAGGUUACUACUCACUUCAAGGAAAUGCAUUGUGUACAGAGUGUGAGGCUGGACAGGCAUGUACUGAUCCUGCUCAGGCACCAAAACACUGUCCUGUUGGUACCUACAGCCAAAAGGGUGCAACAUCCUGCAAACAUUGCCCUGCUGGUUAUAGCUGCCCAUUUCCAAGUUCCACUCCCUCUCCAUGUUCCAAUGGAGAGUUCUCCUUGCGAGGACAUGCAAACUGUACAGUAUGUCCAAUUGGAUACAUGUGCCCAUCCACCAAGCAGAGGGCUGUUCGGUGUUCACUUGGCACCACAACAUUUGGAGAGAGUGGAAAGGAAAUUUGUAGUGACUGUCCUGCUGGAUUUAAGUGUCCAAACCCAGAGUCAAAUGCAACAGCUUGUAUGAAUGGAACUUACAGCAUUGGCAAGUCAGUGCGAUGUUUGGAAUGUCCGGCUGGUCACAAGUGUCCAACAACCAAUACAUACCCCAUUGAGUGUCUUCCUGGACAGUACAGUCUUGCUGGCAGCCUUUCUUGUACUGACUGUCCGGCAGGUAUGGAGUGUCCUUCAACCUCACAAAAACCAACAAGGCAAUGCCAGCCAGGAUCAUAUUCUGAUGGAAACGACCAGUUUUGUACUGUCUGCCCAGUAGGAAAGUUUUGUCCAUUCACCAAUAACUCAACGCAAAUCAACUGCGAGGAUGGAACAUAUUCUUGGGGUUAUCAGGAGCAAUGUACCCUAUGUCCCAGUGGAUGGAUGUGUCCGAAUAAAGAUGGAACAGGAAAUGUUAAAUGCUUACCAGGCACUUAUUCAAUUGGCAGACAGAUAGACUGCAUCCCUUGUCCAGCUGGCCAGGCUUGUCAAAGAACAGACACAAAUCAAACUGUUACAUGUCUGCCAGGCACAUAUUCAGUUGGAUCACAAACAUCAUGUACAUGGUGCCCUCCAGGAUAUAAAUGUCCAAGCACCACAGAGAGUAAGGAGAUAGAGUGUCCUGAUGGAACAUACAGUAAGGGAGGACAACAAAACUGUACUGAGUGUCCUCCUGGAUAUGCCUGUCCAUCCAAAACAGAUGACUUUAAAGUCCAAUGCUCUGCAGGUUAUUACACUCUUGGGCGGGAACAGGUUUGCACUCAAUGCCCAGCUGGAUCUUUUUGUCCAAAUAUCACAUCCUCACCCAUUCCAUGUGCAGAUGGAUCGUACAGUUUGGGUUUAGCAACCAGCUGUAUAGAGUGCCCAGCUGGUCAUUUCUGUGAGGUUAACAAGAAAGACUCAGUUCCAAUGCCAUGUCCUGCUGGUAAAUACAGCAACAAGUCAGCCACAGAAUGCUAUGACUGCAGUGCUGGUUAUGCUUGCAAGGGAUCAGACACAAUUCCCACACCUCCAUCUGGCUUAUGUCCAUUGGGUCAUUAUUGUCCAGAUGGCCUUCGUGAGGUGGACUGUCCAGCUGGUACAUUUGGUAAUAUCACUGGUGCAGCAAGUGAAGCUGAGGGCUGUCCACCUUGUCCUGCAGGUUUUUUCUGCCCUGCAGGAACAAGAGGUUAUCCCACCCAUAGGUUGAAAUGUCCCCCUGGUCACUGGUGCACUGAAGGAACAAAAUCACAAUUUGAGCAUCCUUGUUCAGCAGGCACCUUCAACAAGGAAAUUGGUCUUGAACGACAAGACCAGUGUGUUGAUUGUUUACCUGGAUAUUACUGUCCAUCUGGUGAUGCAUAUGCUGACAGACUCUGUCCAGCUGGGCACUACUGUCUAGACAAGACUGAGGACCCCAAUGCUCACCCAUGCUCUGCUGGGACUUACACUGAAGAACAAGGAGCACAAGGCCAACUAGACUGCAAGGAUUGCCCACCAGGUUACUACUGUUUAGCAGGGGCACGAGAACCUGUUGCCUGCCCCAAGGGUACAUUCAAUUCCCUGUCUAACAGAGGUUCAUUAGCAGAGUGCCGCUCGUGUAUAUCAGGAAUGGCCUGCCCCCGGCCUGGGCUAACUUGGCCACCUGUGAAGUGCGAUGCAGGUUAUUACUGCCCUGCUGGGUCCUCACUUCCAAAUGAGACCAUCCAUGCCUGUCCAGCAGGGACUUAUACUGACUAUCACAACUUGACUCAUGCUAGAGAAUGCACCCAAUGUCCAGAAAGACAAUCAUGUGAGGCAGGAACAGGAGGGAUACAGAAACCACCUCAGGAAUGUGCCAAAGGGCAUUACUGUCCCCUUGGCACCAUGAGUCCCACUCAGUUCCCAUGUGAAGAGGGAACAUGGACAAACCUUACCAACUUGAAGUCACAAGAGGAGUGUUAUGUGUGUCCAAAAGGUCAUUUCUGUCUCAGAGGUUCUACCAAACCCACAGAUCUAUGUUUCACUGGACACUACUGUCCACCAGGUACUAAAAGAGGUACAGAAUUUCCCUGCCCUGCUGGAACAUACAACAACAGAACAGGUCUGGAAAGAAAAGAAGAUUGUGUUCCUUGUAUAACUGGUCACUACUGUCCACAAGGAACCACAAAUCCCAAACAAUGCCCACGAGGCACAUUUAACGAUGUUCUAUCAGCAAAGAACCAGCUUGAUGGUUGCAAACAGUGUGUUCCUGGAUACUACUGCCCAAAUUUGGCAAAUUAUGAACUUACUGCAUGUGAAGUAGGAAAUUACUCGGGUCCUGGUGCAUCUGAAUGUACAAAAUGUGAGGCAGGCCACUAUUGUGACAGCAGAACAACAAGCAAGGCAGAAAUGAUAGGUAGCAAAAUUUGCCCUGCUGGGACACAUUGUCCUCCAGGCACAGUGGAAAAACCAGACCUUCAUGACAGUACUUAUGCUUGUUGGAAAGGACAUUACUGCCUUAGGGGAGAUGAGAAUCCUUACCCUAUCAAGUGUCCAAAUGGAACAUUUAAUCCCCAUGAAGGUCGCAAACUUGUCAGUGAAUGUCUUAAGUGCACAGAGGGUUACUACUGUGAACCAGAAGGCCUGAAAAAUGAGGCUGAUGUGUGUCCUCCAGGUUACUACUGUCCAGAGGGAACAGGAUACAGAUUUUCUAAUCCCUGUCCUGUUGGAUUCUACCGCAAACUGUCUGCAGCAGUGUCUGUGCAGGACUGCAGUGUGUGUUUCUCUGGACAUUUUUGUGAUGUUCUUGGCUUGGCAGAUCCAAAAGUUUGUCCAGAAGGCUUCUUCUGUCCUACUGGAACUACCAUUCCUUCUCCAUGCCCCUGUGGUUACUAUGGUAACUCCACUGGUGUAAAAAAAAGUGACGAAUGCACACCUUGCCCAGCAGGUCAGUACUGUGCUGGCUAUGGACUUAAAGAACCAACUGGACCUUGUGAUGCAGGCUUCUAUUGCAGUGGAAGAGCUUGCACUUCUGCACCACCUGAAGGAAGUCCUACAGGAGGGCUCUGUCCCAAAGGGGGUUAUUGUCCACAAGGUGCCAAAACUCCAGAGCCUUGCCCUGUAGGGAAGUACAGUGGAACCAAAGGAAAUAAAGAACCAGAUGACUGUGUUACAUGUGACCCUGGGUACUACUGUGCAGGUGAUACUAACCCUGAACCAACUGGACCAUGCUCACCAGGCCAUUACUGCACAGGGGGGGCAUCUGUACCAACCCAAAAUGUCACACCCAAAGGUCACUUCUCAGAGGAGGCUGCUGUUUUUCCACGAGAGUGUCCAGUUGGAACUUACCAGGAGACAGAUCGAGCAGAGAAAUGUACUAAUUGCACAGAGAAGAACUUUUGUGAUGAAAUGGGGCUAGAAUUUCCAAAGCCUUGUAUAACUGGGCAUUAUUGUCCUCCAAACAGCAUAAAACCAACAGCCUGUCCACCUGGCACUUAUAAUCCAAGUUCUGCAACACCCUCAAUUGACUUUUGCCAGCUCUGUGAUGCAGGAUUUUAUUGCAGAAAGGCAGGUCUAAAUGCCACUGAAGGGAAAUGCUAUGCUGGAUAUUUUUGUAAAGAAGGUUCCCCAAGUCCAACCCCAAAUAAUGGUUCCCUUUCAAAUAUUACAUAUGGAGGCAUCUGUCCUCGUGGAUACUACUGUCCAGUUGGGACAAAAAGACCAUUUGAAUAUCCUUGUCCAAAUGGAACUUACAGUAACACCCCUGGACUUGAGAGAGAGGAGCAGUGCAUUCCCUGUGACCCUGGAAGAUCCUGUACUGGAGAAGGUUUGAGAGAACCAAACGGAGUCUGCCGCCCUGGUUGGUACUGUUUAAGAGGGGCUACGACCCCUAUGCCUCUUGACGGUGUAACUGGAAAUAUAUGUCCUGCAGGCUUUCAAUGUCCAAAUGGUACAGCCAACUUUACUGAAUGUGAACCUGGAACCUACAGCAACAUAACUGGUCUUGCUGCCUGUUUAACAUGUCCAGCACGCUUCCAUUGUGAGGGUGGUGAAGGUGACAGUAAAACGCCAAUACCUUGUCCCAAAGGUCAUUACUGCCCUGCUGGUACAGGAAAAUCACCAGAAAAGUGUCCAGCUGGAACUUACAAUCCACAAUUGAGUCUUGCUCGUGAAAGCGAAUGUGAGCCCUGUCUGCCUGGAAAGUACUGCAGUGGAGCAGGUGUUGUUUCAUUUCCAAGUGACAUAUCUGGAAACUGUGAUCCAGGGUUUUAUUGUGUGCAAGGUAUCAACACACCACGCCCAAGUCAGAACUUUACAGGAAUAGGUGGUGUUUGUCCACCCGGUGCUUACUGUCCUGAGGCAAGUCCUGAACCUCUUGGUUGUCCAAGUGGUACAUUUUCAAAUGUGUCACAGCUGCAGAGUGCUAGUAACUGUACUCUGUGCUCUGAUGGCCAUUACUGUGAGCAAACAAACCUGACUGAGCCAACAGGGCAAUGUGCUCCAGGCUUUUACUGCAGAAGAGGCUCAGAUACAGCAACACCUGCCAAUGUAUCCGCCAUAGGAGGACCAUGUUUUAAAGGUCACUUUUGUGAACUUGGCACAGCAUUUCCACUGGGCUGCAGGCGUGGAACAUACAAUCCAAAUGAAGGAGAAACAGCUUGCUUCACUUGUCCUGCUGGAUAUUUUUGUCCAGAAAACUCAACUGACUUUAACCCUUUCCCUUGUCCAAAGGGCCAUUUUUGCCCAAAUGGAACUGAGUAUGCAACUCAAUACCCUUGUCCCAAGGGCUACUAUAAUGGUGCCACACAUAGUGUCAGCCUGGUAGACUGCAGAGCUUGUCCUGGAGGGAAGUACUGCAACAGAUCUGGGCUCUCUGAACCUACUGGACCAUGUGCUGCGGGUUAUUUCUGUGUCAACGCUGCUUGGACAGACAAACCCCAAGAUUAUGACAACUUUACAGCUGGUGAUUGUCUCUGCCCUGCAAACUCUACUGGAGGAAAAUGUCAAGAGGGCUUUUUCUGCCCUGAAGGAUCUGAUGAACCUACUGCCUGCACUGGAGGGUUUUAUUGUGAAGGAAAAGGAAAGGAAAAUGUCACUGAACAGUGUGAUCCUGGUUGGUUUUGUACAAGUGGUGCAAAGAUCCCAAGGCCUUCUGAUGGAAUAACUGGAAACAUUUGUCCAGCAGGAAAGUAUUGUCCAAGGGGUACUGAAACUCCAAGGCUAUGUCCUCAAGGUAGAUUUUCCAAUAAUACUGGUAACAGCAACAAGAAUAACUGUUCCCUAUGUACAGAAGGAUCAUACUGUGAAACUGAAGGAUUAAUUCAACCAACUGCACUUUGCUCUGCAAAGUAUUUCUGUCCUCCUGGUGAAAAACAAGACAAGAACAAUUCAUGUACAAAGGGACAUUUUUGUCCUGAAGGGAGUCCAGAACCUGUCAAAUGUCAUUCUGGAACUUACCAGGAUCAAACACAACAAGACUCUUGUAAACUUUGUCCGGCUGGCUAUUACUGUGACACCAAGGAUGAUUUGAGUGAGUUCACAAGUUAUAUUUGUCCUAAUGGGUUUUAUUGCCCUAAUGGAACAAGGUAUGCUACAGAGUUUGGUUGUCCAAAUGGAACACAUGGAAAUGGAACCCAGCUUUUUCAUCCAGAUCAGUGUGUUAAAUGUCCCCCUGGACGAUUUUGCUAUGGCUCGUCUCCUACUUUCACAGGAGAAUGUCAGGAAGGUUAUUAUUGCAGACUUGGUGCAUUCACUCCCGCCCCGACUGAUGGAGACACUGGUGAGGAGUGUCCUGAAGGUCACUAUUGCGUCAGUGGCACGGUGGCACCUGAGAGUUGUCCGUCUGGAACAUUUUCCAAUUCAUUAGGAUUAACCAUUAUUGAUAACUGUACUGAUUGUACACCCGGUAUGUUUUGUAAUGGAACUGCUCUCACAGCUCCCAGUGGUGACUGUUGGCCUCGCUAUUACUGUAGUGGUAAAGCAGAGCAUCCAGCACCACAGGAUGGUAACACUGGAGGGAACUGUACUCCAGGUCACUAUUGUCCUGGAAAAACACCGGCGCCUAUUCCUUGUGAGGAUGGCACGUAUAUGAAAGAUCCUCUUGCUGAUGCCUGUUUGGACUGUCCUGCUGGCUUUUAUUGUGUGAAUGACAAAAGUCAGGACCCCAAACCAUGCCCCCAAGGAUUUUACUGCCCUGUGAGAACAGGUUUUAAUUGGCAACCCUGUCCAAAAGGGUCAUAUGGUGACUCACCCGGCCUGGCUAACAUAAGCAGUUGCCGUCCUUGUGAUUCUGGAAAAUUCUGUGCUCAUGAGAAUGCUACAAGUGUGAGUGGAGAGUGUGAGGCUGGCUACUUCUGCCGUCGAAAUGCAGAGUCUGCAACACCAAGUUCAAAUCAGGAUUCAGGACCGUGUCCUGAGGGCCUCUACUGUCCUGUUGGUACAGGAGAACCACAAAAGUGUCCAAAGGGCACUUACUCUAACGUAAAGUUCCUAAAAAGAGAAAGUGAGUGUCAAAACUGUACAGAAGGUAACUAUUGUGGACAGCUUGGCGCCAGGAAUGUUUCUGGGCCAUGUGAUCCUGGAUUCUUUUGUCUGAGGGGAUCCGAAAUUCCUAAUCCACCAAAUGUGACAUAUUCGGGUGGUCCAUGCCCUGUUGGCCACUAUUGCCCGCAAGGAACUUCGUACCCAUUAGGCUGUGAGGCUGGAACCUACAAUGAUCGUACUGGCCAGUCCAACUGUACCCAGUGCUGUGCAGGUUUCUAUUGUCCAUCCAACUCAACAUCAUGCGUCUUGGAAUGCCCAAAAGGAUUUUACUGUCCUCCAGGAACGAAGACAUCCCAUGAAAAUCCAUGCCCCAAAGGUUUCUUCAAUAAUGAAACUAUGCAACAAAGCAUCAGUGGGUGCACACCAUGUCUCCCUGGCAAAUUUUGUGGCAAAGAAGGCCUUGCAGAACCAAGUGGAGACUGUGCAGGUGGCUGGUACUGCAUACGGGGAGCUUGGUCCGAUAAACCAAUUGAUGUUGGUGUUGUUGGAUACUGUAAUGGUACAGACGGUUGCUUUUGCCCAAACACCACAACAGGAGGAGCCUGUCAGCCAGGCUUUUUCUGCCCAAAUGGGUCACGUGAGCCUACUCCUUGCUCAAGAGGAAAUUAUUGUGAGGAAGCUGAACUGUCCAAAGUCACUGGCCUCUGUGAUGCAGGCUAUUUCUGCCUCCGGGGGGCUAAAGUUGCAGAUCCUACUGAUAAUAUCACUGGCGGAAUUUGUCCCAAAGGCCAUUAUUGCCCUGGUGGAACUUACGAUCCAGAAAAAUGUCCUGAAGGAACAUAUUCCAAUUCUACUUUCAAUAAAAAUAUAUCUGAUUGUCAAUCGUGUCUACCUGGCCAAUACUGUGAUAGUAAAGGUCUUGAGCUACCAUCUGGAGAAUGUGAUCCUGGAUUUUUCUGUCCUGGUGGACAGAAAACAAAGAGACCUGCAGAAUAUGUCUGCACCCCAGGGCAUAGCUGUCCUUCUGGUAGUGUCAGUGAACAGGCUUGUGACUCUGGUACCUAUCAAGAUGAACAUCAGCAGGCAACUUGUAAAAUCUGCCCUGAAGGUUACUUCUGUGAUGGAACCAUUCUCAAUGCCACACACUGUGAACAUGGAGUCCAGUUUCCAGAGCCUUGUAUUACUGGGCACUACUGCUUGAAUGGAACUAAAUUCGCUCAGGAACAUAAAUGUCCGCCAGGAACGUACAAUGAUAAAACACAUAGAAAAAGAGUUGAGGAAUGUACUGACUGUCCAGCAGGGAAGUACUGCGAGGGUGAAGGGAAUGACUAUCCAACAAAUGACUGUUCAGUUGGUUUUUAUUGUAUCAAUCGAGCUGACAACAGCUCUCCUAAUGAUGGUGUCACAGGCAUUAUUUGCCCCAAAGGUUAUUAUUGUCCACGAGGAACAAAUGUUACCAUCCCGUGUGAAAAAGGUACCUAUGGGCCAACUGAACAGCUUGGCUCUCAAGCAGAAUGUAAGGGAUGUGAACCAGGAGAAUUUUGUGCAAAAGACGGGCUUAAUGAAACCUCUGGAAACUGCUCAGCAGGUUUCUUCUGUCGACGUAAUGCUUCAGUCAAUGAACCAACUGACGGUAUCACUGGUGACAUUUGCUGGAUUGGACAUCACUGUCCCAGCGGCACAGCCAUUCCAAUCCCUUGUUCCCCAGGAACAUUUAUGAACCACACCCAAUCUGCAGAAUGUUACACCUGUCCUGCAGGACAUUACUGUGUGAAUAGAGUGUCUCCUGAACCGUGCCCUGCUGGUUGGUACUGCCCUGAAGGUACUGGACAUGAUUGGCAGCCUUGUCCCCGGGGAACCUAUAGUCCGGUUGAAUUCCUUUCCCGGGAGAACCAAUGUAAACCGUGUGAACCUGGUUACUUCUGCGCGUACCUUAAUGCUACAACAACUACAGGAGAAUGUGAUGCUGGGUUUUUCUGUCACAAUGGUUCUGACCAAAGACAGCCUUCUGGAGGACACAAAGGUUAUGCUGGAAUCUGUCCAAGUGGUCACUAUUGUGAGCGAGGUGAUCCAAAGGCCCCUGUAGCUUGUCCUGCUGGUCACUUCAAUAACAUAACGCAUGCUGAUUCGCUCAGAAAUUGUUCAAGGUGUCCUGGGGGACAGUACUGCGAGGAAGCAGGUCUUUCAUGGCCUACUGGCCCCUGUGAUGCAGGAUAUUAUUGCACAGAAGGAGCACUAUACCGGAAUCCAGAUAACCAGUCAGAUACUGGAGGUCCUUGCCCUCCUGGUCACUUUUGCCCAGUUGGAUCACCUUCUCCAUUUGCCUGUCCUGGUGGCAAGUACAAUUCCCUGUGGAAACAGAGUCAGUGUCGUGUCUGUCCUCCUGGUUAUUUCUGUCCAAAUGCUUCAACCAACUUCACUGAUUGCCCUGAGGGUUACUAUUGCCCCAAUGGAUCGGCAUUCACUGUUCCAUGUCCUAAAGGAAGCUACAAAAACUACACUUUAGGUGAUAAACUGGAAGAUUGCAAAACCUGCCCGGUUGGCAUGUACUGUGAAUUUAAUGGUUUGUCUCGGCCUUCAGGCUUGUGUGCAGGAGGCUGGUUUUGCACUGGUGGAUCAUGGCAAAAGAAGCCUCUUAAUAUAAGUGAUAUAGCGAAUGGGACGGCUGUUUGUCCAUUGAUUGGUGAGAUUGGUGGUUUCUGCAAAAAAGGUACCUUCUGUCCAGUUGGUUCUCAUGAGCCUCUCCCAUGCACGCCAGGCUACUAUUGUGAAACGGAUAAACUAGCCAGCGAGUCUGGUGUUUGUUCUGCUGGUUACUAUUGCAAUGGAAGCACAGUCCAUAGUCAUCCUGUCAAUCAAAGUAAUGGUGACAGAUGUCCAAAAGGCAAUUAUUGUCCUGUGAAGAGUUCUUAUCCAACUCCAUGUCCACCAGGCACUUAUGCUGACACUGAAUACAACCAGUUCAGGAACAAUUGUAAGCCUUGUAUUCCUGGUAUGUAUUGUCCCACUUAUGGACUUGACUAUCCACCCGGAAAUUGCUCUAAAGGGUUUUACUGUCCUGCGGGAGAAACACAACAAAGUCCUCUAGACAAAGAAUGCCAGCCUGGUCACUUCUGUCCUGAAGGAAGUGGACUUCAUAAUCCAUGUCCUGCUGGGACUUACCAGCCAUAUUCCAGGCAGGAAUUCUGUUACAUAUGCCCAGCUGGAAGUUAUUGUGAUCCUGAUGAAGCAAGAAAGAACCUGUCAUGUGAAGGAAAUGUCUCUUGUGGAGUAAUUGCUCCUCUAGACUGCCCUGCUGGAUAUUUCUGUCCAAAUGGUACUAAAUGGGCCAGGCAGUUCCCAUGUCCUGUGGGAACUUUCGGAAAUGUCACAAAUCUUAUGGAGCAGGACCAAUGUGCCAAGUGCACGAAAGGUUACUACUGUCACAAGUCAGGUAUCACAUAUCCAACUGACAAAUGUCAUGCAGGUUAUUACUGCAUCGAAGGUGCAAGUGUUCCAACCCCUAACGAUACUGUAACUGGAGCCCCUUGCCCAGCAGGGUCUUUCUGCAUUGUUGGGUCGCACAAACCAGAGCCAUGUCCAGAGGGAACAUACGGACCAAAUGAAAGGCUGCAAAGCCGUUCUGGAUGUAUUGAUUGUGAUGGAGGAAAGUACUGUAGUCAUGAAGGAUUAGCAGCUCCAAAUGGUUCCUGUGAUCCUGGAUUUUUCUGUGAGAUCCGUGCCAUAAGGCCUAACCCAGUUAACACAUCUCAAGGAGGAGGAGUCUGUCCCCGAGGACAUUACUGCCCAAGAGAAACAACUACACCAUUUAAAUGCCCACCUGGCACAUUUAAUAAUAAGACUGGAGCAACUGAGCCAUCUGACUGCACUCCAUGUACACCAGGAAUGUACUGUGAGGGAUACGGUAAUACCGAUCCAGACGGACCUUGCGAUGAAGGAUGGUACUGUGAAAGAGCAGCAUACUCAAAGAGGCCUCUUCCUAAUGUGAAUUUAACCUUUAACAACUCAAUGGACUUCACAUGCCCACUUUAUUCUGUGAACUUUACUGGAGGUAUUUGUCCUCUCGGACACUUCUGUCCUGAAGGUUCUGCCGAACCCAAACGUUGCCUCAAAGGCCGUUACUGUGGCCAGGAAGGGCUUGCAGAGCCGCAGGGUAACUGUACAGCUGGCUACUAUUGCAGUGGGGGAGACAUUAUCUCCAAUCCAAGGAACUGCACGGCUGGGUACUACUGUCCGGAAGGAACUGAAAUUGAGAUAGCUUGUCCAGUUGGAACAUUUUCUCCAUAUGUAGGGAAAUCGAAGGAAGAAGACUGUUUGAACUGCACAGCUGGGUACUAUUGUCCACUACCUGGUGCAACAGAAGUGUUGUUUUUAUGCUUGCAAGGAUAUUACUGUCCAAGUGGUUCUACCCAUAAUUCCACCGUGAUUUGUCCUAGAGGAAGUAGUUGUCCCACGGGAGUUGGACAGCCGCAGAACUGUGUUCCUGGAGAAUAUCAGGAUGAAGAAGGACAAUACCAGUGUAAGGUUUGCCCGGCUGGUUAUUACUGCGAUCCAGCUACAAAUCUUACAGGUGUUAUUUAUCCAACCAAAUGCCUCGCUGGAAGUUAUUGUCCAAGUGGAACAAAGACAGGGAAACAAUUUCCUUGUCCUGCUGGUACAUACAGUAAUGAAACAGGCCUAGAGAGAUCUCUACAGUGUAUGCCCUGUCCACCUAAGCUCUUUUGUGGCUCUCCUGGCUUGACGAAACCUUCUGGACCUUGUGCAGCAGGUCAUUACUGUGUCCUCAAUGCUUCCUCAUCAACGCCAACUGAUGACGUGACAGGUAACGCAUGUAGAUUGGGUGAAUAUUGCCUAGAAGGGUCAUCGGAAGGAAUCGGAUGUCCAAGUGGAACAUUUUACAAUGAAACAGGGUUGAAAAACGAAUCAGGAUGUCUCCCAUGUUCAGCAGGCUACUACUGUGAUGGAAUAGGGAACGUGGUUCCCACCAAGAAGUGUCAAGAGGGGUUUUGGUGCAGAGGGGGCUCUCCAGAAGAGAUGCCACUCAAUCAACCAUAUGGAACAGAGUGCCCAAAUGGCAGUUAUUGUCCCGAAGGUACCCCAGCUCCAGUUCUGUGUCCCAAAGGAACAUACCAGCCUGGGCGGCGCAAAGCACGUCUUGAAGAUUGUGUGAGCUGCAAUCCAGGGAAGUUCUGUAGUGAAACUGGGUUGUUCCGUGUGAGUGGCGAUUGUGACGCAGGAUAUUUCUGUGAAGGAAAUGCUAGUAAGAGUAAUCCAGAAGAUGGUGUAACGGGCAACAUCUGUCCUGUUGGAAGCUUCUGUGUAAAGGGUUCGAUAAAACCACAGCAAUGCUACAAUGGCACUUACAUGAAUCACACAGGUGCUUCGUCCUGUUAUGUUUGCCCUGCAGGACAUCAAUGCAUCAGUGCAAUUUUGCCUGACCCAUGCCCCGCAGGCUUCUACUGCCCCGAAGGUACUGGAUAUGAUACCCAACCUUGUCCGGUGGGCACUAUCGGUAAUAGGACAGGUUUGACAAAUGAAACUGAAUGUACACAGUGUCCCGGUGGCUUCUACUGUGAGACAGCUGGCCGAAGUAUUGUCACUGGAAAAUGUCAAGGAGGUUUCUACUGUACGUCAGGUGUGAAUGUUAGUGCUCCUGAUCAACAUUUCACGGGUUUAGGAGGACAGUGCCCCGUGGGACAUGAAUGUCAAGAAGGCAGCAGUACUUUCCAUCCAUGCGACCCUGGAUACUAUGCAGCUGUGGAAGGAAUGUCAACUUGUGAUACAUGCCCUGCAGGCAAAUACUGUAAUGGUACCACAGUCACACCAGCGUCAUGUCCUGCUGGGCAUUUUUGUCCAAAUGGCACAGAAUUUGCCACACAAUAUCCGUGCAAACCAGGCUCUUAUAACAACGUUACUGACCAGGCGUCAGAGUCGUCAUGCAAACUUUGUGAUCCAGGCAAGUACUGUGAAGGUUCUGCACGCGUUUGGCCCAAUGACUUGUGUGAUGAGGGCUUUUUCUGCUCUGGCGGAUCUUGGAGCAAGCGUCCAGGAGACAUUGGUGUCGCCAGUUACAGUAACGCAACAAGCCCUGCUGACAGCUGCUACACAGCAUUUGAAUGUGUUUGUCCAGCAUGGAACAAAACUACAGGUGACAUUUGUCCUGCUGGUCAUUAUUGCCCAAGGGGCUCGUCACGACCGUUGCCAUGCAAACUUGGUCAGUACUGUCCGCAUGUGGCGUUGGCUGAACCUGUUGGAAAUUGCUCGGCUGGUUAUUUCUGUAAUGAUAGUUCAACUGUGCGAGACCAGUUUGAUUGUCCGGUUGGCCAUUAUUGCCCAUCUGGCACAGGAGUUCCAGUUCCUUGCCCUGAAGGCAAAUUCUCUAAUACAACAAAGAACACAGAAAUUGCAAAUUGCGGAGAUUGUACCCCUGGUAAAUACUGUGCUGGUACAGGAAAUUUUGCUCCAACUCAGGAAUGUGCCGCUGAUUAUUAUUGCCCAGGUGGACAAAGUUCACCAACACCCGGAGAAUACUUGUGCACAGCAGGUCACUUUUGCAAAGCAGGGACAGCCCAGCCUGUCAGAUGUGAAAAUGGUACCUUCCAAAAUGAACGUGGAAAAAGUUUUUGUGAGAUUUGUCCUGAAGGUUACUACUGCGAUGCCACAAAUAUGGCCGUUGUUAAUGCAACAUUAUGUCCUCCUGGUCAUUAUUGCCCGCUUGGUACUGGGGACUAUCGAGACUUCCCAUGCCCGGAGCGCACAUAUAAUGACAGAUUAGGUUUGACGGCCAUUGAAAACUGCACUAACUGUCCACGGGGAACGUAUUGCGGUAGAGAAGGCCUUAAUCAACCGUCUGGCGACUGUUAUGGUGGACAUUACUGCACAGAGGCAUCCAAGUCUCCAGCUCCUGAUAAAGACCUCCAAGCUAUAAACUACACGGACUAUUUGAACUUCCCUUUCACAUUCCUUAACGAUGCUUGUCCUCCUGGACAUUUUUGUCCCAAUGGUUCUUAUCCUGAGCCCUGUCCAUCUGGUACUUACCAUAACGAGGGUGGUAUCUCCAACAAGUCACAGUGUAACCCAUGUCCUGUGGGAAGGUAUUGUAAUGGCUCUGGUAUAUUAAGUGGUGUUGCUGCGCCAUGUGAUGCUGGAUAUGUGUGCACUGGAGGGUCAAGCCAACCAAAGCCAACUCACCCAUCUAUGGGUUACAUCUGUCCCCGCGGAUUCUCUUGCCCUGCUGGUACUCAUAUUGAACUAAGCUGCCUUCCUGGAACUUAUCAACCUAACUUGGGACAAGGAGAAUGUAUCCCAUGUGGAGCAGGUAACAUGUGCCCUUUCCAGAAUAUGUCGUCAGUUGAACCUUGUAAAGCUGGCUAUUACUGUCCAAAUGGAACCUUGGUGCCUUGUCCUCCAGGAACCUAUGGUAAUCGCACUGGGCUGUCCUCUGUUGAUAUGUGCACGGACUGUCCUUCAGGAGAAUUCUGUCAGGAUUAUGCACAAACAGUUCCCAAGGGCCCGUGCACAGAAGGAUGGUUCUGCGAAGGAAAAGCUGACACCUCCACCCCCACAGCAUUACCAGAGUAUCCAAGAAACGGCCUUUGUCCAACUGGUCACUACUGUGUCCGAGGAACGCAAGCACCAGCUCCGUGUCCCCCAGGCACAUACCGCAACAGCACAGGUGCACGAUCAGUCGAUGACUGUCUGGACUGCGCUCCUGGUUUCUUCUGUAAUGGAUACAAUAACUCGUUUCCAACUGGACCAUGUGCACCAGGGUAUUUUUGUCCCCAAGGUUCCAGAGCCAAUGUAUCCAAGCCCCAUGGUUAUUUGUGCCCGGAGGGCCACUUUUGUCCUGGAGGCACUGCAGAUCCAGAGGAGUGUGGUGCAGGUUCCAACCAACACAACGCAGGUCAGGAAAGCUGUGACCUCUGUCCUGCCGGAUAUUAUUGUCCAAUAAAGACCGCCACGCCGGAGAAGUGUCCCCCAAGGCACUACUGUCCUGCUGGCACCACUGUACCGUUGACAUGUCCAAAUGGAACAUUCACCCAUGACAACAUGAGCGGCCUGGCAAAUGCAUCUCAAUGUUUGCCAUGUAUCACUGGUUUUUACUGCCGCCUGGGUCAAGUGGUUGCAAAAUGUGAUGGUGGUUAUUACUGUAAAGCUGGUAGUCCUGAUCCAAACCCAGAUGGUUACCGGUAUCCUGUUGAAGCUGGUCCUUGUGCCAUGGGGUAUUAUUGUCCUAAUGGCACGCUCGUGCCUAUUCCUUGCCCUGACAACACGAUGAAGAAUUACACUGGCGGGUAUGGGGAACCUUCAGACUGUACCCCGUGCCCUGCUGGAAGAUUCUGCUUGAAUGGAACAGCAUACGGUUUAUCAUGCCCUCGUGGAAAGUACUGUCCUCGUGGGAAAGCUCCAAUUGACUGCCCUAUGCACAGAUACCGAGACAUUGUUGGCGGCAAAGACUUGAAUGACUGUUUCCCCUGUCCAGCCGGUUACUGGUGUAAUCUCACUGGUAUGGUUAAUUACAAUAACAGCGAAUGUCCAAUUGGACACUUUUGUCCAAGUCAGCUUGGGCCAAGUCUGUGCGGAGCAGGCCGUCGCCGAGAAAAUCCUGGAGCUGGGAGCAGGGAUGAUUGUGGUUUCUGUCCUGGCGGUCACUAUUGUCCUAAUGAUACCAUCAAUAUCCAGGGAAUACCUUGCAAAGCCAAGUAUUACUGCCCUGAGGGCUCAUCAGCGGAAAGAUUAUGUCCAGGUGGAGCGUAUUGUCCUGCCACCACUGCAAUACCCAUCCCAUGUCCCGGAGGUUCUUACUGCCCAAAUGGAUCGCAGGUGGACAUCGCUUGCUCUUACCCAAAUUACUGCCCACCAAAUAGUACUCAAGAGCUUAUUUGUGAUCUUGGUUACGAGGCCUUAAGUACAAGCGGAAAGCGUGAUUCUCACAGUAGAUGCUGUCUAAAGUGCUCCCCAGGGUCUUACGGUAAUCAUCCCCAGCGUCUUAAAUGUGAUCCCUGUCCAGCAGGUUUUUUCUGCCCCGGAGGUACCACAGGACCAAGAGUGCAUCCGUGUCCACAGGGAGCGUUUUGUCCCCUUGAAUCUGAAGAGCCAAGAGCUUGUCCGCCUGGUACUCGUGGAACUAUUUCCAUGGCAACAGCGGCCUCUGACUGUUCGCCCUGCGCUCCCAAAACUUACCAACACGAAUCAAAUAAAACAGCUUGUAAACAAUGCGGAAGCAGUGCUGAUUCAACGGAAGGUCAGGAAACUUGUGAGUGUUUCGGGAAAUACCGACAUUUCCAGGUGUCGGAUGGUUCCUGUGAAUGCUUAUCCGGUUAUGUGUUUUUUGAUCCAGUCACUUAUGAGAAGGUCGAAGGAAACAGUGACAAGAAUUGUCAGCUUGAGGAAUUCCCACGAUGCGGCACUGGUGAAGCUCGAAAAGCUGCUCAGGGAGAAUGUGUGAAACCUGGAGAAGAAACUGUAAAAUGUCAAGAACUGUGCGAUAGUAGCGAAGCGUCCUUCUCCACUGAGGAUGGCAUUUGUUUAUGCCCUUAUACCGUAAGCUGUGAUGCUGAAUGCGAGGAGAACAGGACUAAGACGUACAUAAAAAGAAAUUCUGAUGGCAUUUUAACUUUGAAGUACGUGGACAGUGGAGGAAAAUCAGAAUCUGUUAAUAUCACCCAAGAGCUCGGAGUCAAUGAUAACGACAACGAGCAACAUCCUACUGAAAUUAUGUUUUUCCGAAAAACCCAGUCAGUGCGGGCACUUGUGCCAAAUUCUAUUGAUGAUGUGAAAAAUGCGUUGAGACCAGAUGCUGCGGUCGUGACGCGCAGACGGCGAAGGGCAGUUGGUGAUAAUACGACUACUGCCCCUUCUACCAACACAAUCGCAAAUCCAACAUUUUGCUUUCAGUAUGGGCAGGCACUGACUUUCAAAAUUGAAAUCAACCCAGAAAACCGAAGCCUAAGCCAUUAUCCACGAUACCGCAAAAACCAUCUGUUGAACAGAAAUGACAAGUUUGACUAUGGAAACUUUAGAAAACUUCACUCUCUUAUCCGUGAAUCGAACGACUCUCUGGACUACUUUGUACAUGUCUUUACGCAGAAUGGAACGUUUGUGUUUUAUGACAACGCAGAGCCUUCCCGAGAGGUAAUAGUGAAUGUGGUUGCUCCUGGUGUUUCGUGCGGAGGUGUCACCAUUUCACCGACAACAAAGGGAGUUUUGACCUCUCUCGGUGUCGGCCUCCAAAAGCCUCAAAACCUGUCCCCAGACUGGGCAGUAAUCUGGGGCAUGAUUGUGUUCAUGCUGGUGUGUAUCAUUAUGCUUGUGAUUGCUGUUAUCAUAUGGCGCCCAAAGAGCAUCGGAAGGUUCCCUGUACGAGCACUGAGGCCCAAGUACAAAUCGCUAGGAGCACCUAUCCCAGUUGUCCCUAUCCCUGGUAUUGAUGAUCAUAUUUAUGACCUUGGACCUCGUGGUUCACCAGAAGGGUCGUCGUUUGAUUCUCCAAGUGUAAGAUUUGAGCUGGAAAACUUCAACGUUCGUACAUUAUAUGACAAAUUGGAAGAUCAAACGUUACACGUUUCGUCACAACUAGCGCGUCACCAAGCAGACUUGAGAGCAUUUUAUGACAGAAUCAGCCAACAGGCAGAGAAGCUCAAAGGGAUGUUAGAUAGCAUGGACGUCUCUGCACUUAUCAAAGCGACCAAAGAGGCAGGAAGGGUCAAGGAAGGCGAGGCCUCCACUGAACAGCAGCAAACAAGUGAGGCUGGUGAACACGGCACGAGAUACGGUAUGACAGCUGGUGGACAGGUGAGAGAAGAGGAGCUGAUGCAGUCUCUCCAGCUACUGUUGGAGAAAGUCGAAAAGGGACAGUUUUCCAUGCCAGGUGUGGUGUCGGGCACAAGCAUAACAGUACCAGGGCCUGGAAUGAUUGUGAUGGGUGGAGAUAGCAGCACAAUAACUACUACCUAUACCCAACAAGCUUCUGGGUAUCCUGUGGUGGAGGUACACGCUGGUGAGGCUGCUGGGCCGCAGUGGCAGAUCCAAGGAACGAGUGACGUUAGUGAGUUCCUUCGGAAAAUGAAUGCAGAGCGCAUGCACCUUGAGCAGCAGACUGGACGAGAAGAGGAGACUGCUGUACACAAGCUUCUGAAAGAACAGGAAGAAAUCCGUUCGGGCGAAAUGAAAAAGUUAGCGGAGAAGUUAGCAGACAAAUUGUCUGGUGAUCUCAGUGAAGAUGAAAUGCGAGCGGUUAUGGAGGAUCAUGCAAGACAAGUUGUCCAGUUAGAAGGAAUGUUGGCAUCUGAGAAAGAGAAACAAAUGGCAGCAUUGAGAGAGAAGCUGAAGAGGAGAAGAGAGGAAAAAGAGGCCGCCCUCUUAAGAAAACAGAAGGAGGAGGCCGAGAAGUCCAAAAUUCAUUUGGAUGAUGUGAAACCUCUGGCCAGUAUUGAUACAGUGUUGAAGACGCAAGAAAGUGUACAAGACGUGAUUGUUCAGGAAGAAUCUAUUGGACAUGCGCGAGCAGAGGAACAACAAUCCACCGAACAGGCGAAUGUUUACCGACGCCAGUUGGGAGACAAAUUCUGCGCUAUGGUGGAUGAUCUUGUUGCAUCUGGUUCUCUGUACGCUGAUCAAGCUGAUCAAAUUAAACGUGAACAAAUGGAACUCGAGGAGAAAAUGUCACGUGACCUGGCUCAACAGCAGGCACGGCAGACGGCGCUUAUUAGGGAGAAAUUGGCCCAGAGAAAGAAAGAACGACUGAAGAAACUCAGGGAACAACAGGAGAUGGAGAAAGCCAAGGUUAUAAGCGAAGGUGGUGAUGUGACAGCUUUGCUGAAGCAACACGAGCAGGAAAUAGCUGCUCUGGAAACAAGCUUUGAGGCAGAGGAGGCGCGUGAUAUUGCAGAGAUCACCAAGAAACUCAAUGAGUCGCAUAUGCAAAACGUGCAGCAAGUCCACAAAGAACUUCUUGAUAAAGCCACAAAAGACAAUUUGGACGCGGUUCUCCAACAACAGAUUAUGGAUCAGUUCAGGAAGGAGAACGAAGCGCUGUUAGAACACUUGGAACAACGAAAACUCAAAUCCUUGGAGGACACCAAGGCAAAACUUGCUGCUCGUCGAGCGCGUCGUCAAGAAGAAGCGCGCCGGCAGGCAGAGGAAACAGCUGCUCAGCGGAUCUUAGAGGAGCAGAGCCAAGCCAUCGCAGCUAACAAGCCAGUCGACGCAGACCACGUGAUCGUACCCGAAGUCAUAUUACCACGUGAAACUUCAGAAGAACAGGCGUUACGAAACGAACAGGAGCGUACCUUAGCUGACAUGCGUGAUAGACAUGAACAAGAUACCCUGAAAGUCAACGAAAAACUUGAACGAGAACUGGCUGCAGAAGAAGCUCAGGCUAUGGAACAUCUUGAGGCUGAUAAAGAGCGUAGACUGCGAGAGUUGAAAGACAGACAUGCUGCUGAGUUAGCGGCACGCUCUAAGGACAUGUCACCUGAAGAAGUGCAACAGCUUUUGACGGCACAUCAACAAGAACUGGAAGAAAUAAUGGAAAAGAUGGACUUGGAGAAACAAAGGCAGCAGGCGAACUUACAUCAGAAGCUACUGGAAAGAAAGAAACGAAAACAAGAAGCACAGCAGCGUAAACAAGAAAGAGAGAUGGCUAAGGAAUUGUUGGAGCAGAAGAGAGAACUGCAAGAAGUGCGCACACAACACGUAAAAGAGGCAGAGAAGCAAGCUAUGAUUGACGGGAUCAGGGAGAACGGCUCUGAAGCUGCCGAGUUUGUCAUCAGAAAGGUUCUGGAAAAACGUCAAAGUCAGGAGCUGAAAGACUUGGAGCGUAUGUUUCAGGAAGAACGUAAAGUGGCUGUUGAUGAAGCACUGGCCAAGAUGGAAGAAAGACAUGCGCAAGAAAACGAUGAACUUCGGGCUCAACACGAGAAAGAAUUAAGAGAACUGGAAAAACAAAAAUUAAAUCCUGAAGAGUUGCAGCAGAAGAGGGCCCAGUUAUUGAACCAACAACAAUUACGACAAAGCGCGCUGGAUAAAAAACACGCUGAUCAAAGGAAACAAAUUCAACAUGGUGUGCAGUCAGACUGGGAAGUGCGCUUUGCGCGCGCCAAGUUAGAGCUUAAGGAGAAGCACUAUCAGGAAUAUGCUGAUGCUUUGAAUGAGUUGACUCCAGAACAAGCAGAGGAACACAGGCGAUCAGUUGAGAAGGCGCUGGCAGCCGCGAGGGAACUGGAAAUAGUUAAACAAAAACUAGAUGAACAGCGAGCGGAGAAUGAACUGAAACUCAAACAAGAAAAUGAUGCAUUUGAAGCCGAGCAACAACUUAAGUUAGAAGAGGAACUUAAGGCGUUCGACAAACAGCUGGAACAAGAAGCAGACGAAGAACAGAAAAAGAACGAAAAGGCAAUCUUGGCUCUUAACACUCGUAAAGAAGCGCUGCUGAAGGAAAAGAAGGCGAAAGUGAAACAAGAAAUGGACAAAAUGAGCAAACAAGGAGCUUCAAAGGAAGACCAAGAAGCCAUAUUGAAAGAACACAGCAAAGACUUGGCUAAACUGAUGAACAAAAUGGACGCGGAUAGAAUGAGGAUGCAGAGCUCAUUGGAAGAGCGUUUAAAGAAAAGACGUGAGGCAAAACGGCAGGCUAAGGUGACUGAACUUACAACUCGAAACGAAGAGGAGAAGAAAGAAUUUGAAGAGAAAGUUCAAUCUGAGCGCGAUCGAGCACAAGCUGAAGAGGUGAUCGCUUUGAAGGAAAGCAUUCAUGUCGAUAACCUUGUAGCUGCUACAAUCGAAUCUGAAGCUGCUUCACCCCCUGUACAGCAAGCGCGACUAAUGCCGGACAGUUAUCGAUUAGCAGCUCCAUUGAGCGAAGGUGAACUGGCAUCGCUGCUGCUGGCGUCACCGCUGUACCAAAAGAUCGAAAGCAUCAAAUCGUUAGUGAGUGGUGGCGCUGGUAAAGGAGGACAGUUUGGCGGUUCGGCACCUGGUGAAGGUUAUAUUGACAUCAAGGAUGACACUUUGUGGACAGGGGACGAUGAACUUGUCCCAGUUGAUCUGAACACGCUGCCUGCUCGGGCCUUCGUCACAUACAAGUUUGGCUCUUUCAUUGUCGAUUUACUCGCCGUUCAUUGUCAUCAUCUUCCUGUCACACUCUUGCUAGCCGAUAAGCUGCCUCCAAACUCUCAUCUACAGAGGAACGCUUACAGAAAUUCCUUCUUCUACGACGCAAACAAUCGUAUCUUAUACGUGCGAACUGAACGAAUGGACAACGUUGGAGAGUUUAUUUUGGUUCUGGUUCACUGCCUCGCGCACAUUGCUUGCGGAGACUUACGCGACGACUCCCAUCCGGGAUUUAUGAAAGAGUUCCAUCACGCCCUAGCUGUAAUUUGCGAUGACUUGUUCUUUGCACGAUAUAGGCGUUCCUCUGCGCUUGCGCGCACUCUGUCCUCACUUCCUGCAAGCGACGAUUUGGAAAGCGCCAGCCGUGUGCUGUUGGAGUCUGUAUUUGGUGAUGCUCAUACUGAGGCUGACAAGGCGAAUAUGGUGGAUGGACUUUUGGACGUCAAGCUUUUGCGCGGCGCGAACAAAGAUGGCGUGCAUUUUACACAUGAAGGUAUUGUGGAACGUUUAUCCAAGUACAGUAACUUUGCUGUCGAGUCCAAGUUGAGAUCUUUCCUGGGUGAUGUGGAAGAGAAAGCGUCCCACGCUCGUCUUCAAGGCACAGAAGAGUUUAUUGAUAAACGAUUACACGAGCUACAAGGACCACUAGCUAAGGAGAGACCAGUGUCACGGUACGCUCAGUCACGUGGGAAUUUGUUGUCGCGUGGAGUGUCUCGACAGGUCUCCCGCGCCCAAGCUCUGUCACGCAAUGCCACUCGUUUGCCCAUAUCUGGGAAAUCUGCACAGCCUAAAGAGGACGAGGACCUCUAUAAAACCUUCUUAGAGGUUCAAGUUAAUGACAUGCAAGACACUGUAGACAGCUUGAACCAGGAAUUCGCUCAGCUUUCCAGGCAGUCUCUUGAUGUCACUGCAAAUCUAAGGGAACUGGAACAAGAACUGUUGGCUCAAACAGACCUCUUCAGGGAAUCAGCGGAGGGCAGCACGGAGCAUGCUCAGCAUAAGAAUGCUGUUCGACAAACAACCACCAAGAUAACUACUGCAAAGGCAUCGCUGGAAUCCAUUAAUCUGCAGAAGAGUAACUGUUUGGAGCGACUGAACUUGUUCAAGAAAAAGUUGGAAGAGAAACAAGCACAACUAGAGCAGCAUGUGAACAAACCCGAACACGAGCGCAAACAACAAGCUGAGAGAAAACUACAGACAGCCAUGGGAGGAAAACCAGUCAAGAAGAAAACAAAGAAGUAAACUUAGUGCUUUUAUAACAUUUGUAUUUUUUUAAUAUUAUUUAUUUGCACUGAUUGCAAUACAAGAUAUUUAAUUAGAAUAGGCUGAAAACAUUGAAUCGAAGUUUUAGAUCAAACCGCUAUUUUUUAUAAAUUUUUGUACAUGUGAAGCCGUAGUUGUAGACAGUCCAUUCCUUCGUGUAGGCUCAUCCAAAAAAACCGUGCAAUACAGCCAUCUAGUCUAUUAAAUAAUUGUAAGAUUUAGUUUUUCGACAGUCCAUCGAUAAGAGCCAAAUCAGCUUGAUGUUUUGUCAUUAAUUUAGAGAGAAAAAGCGAUUUUUUUGUAUUGAAUGAAGCGCAUGAUUUCAGUUUAUUAUAGUGAUAUCUAUUAAUGUAAUAAAUAUCGAAUUGAACUAUUUUUGAAAUCUGAGAGAAAUUUAUUACGGUCAGUUUGGUCUGAUUAAAACUUUGAUUUUAGUUUCCUGAACACGGAAAAAGGCAGUGAAACAUCCUUUUUAAAUUCCUUUCUCCACUGAUCCAAGGAGAUGAAAACGCGGGCUCAAUGUACGUUAUGCCCCCCCCAGUUGUGGUACCGAGCUUUACGUCUCAGAUCCUCGAUGCUUGUUUGUUGAUUAAACUGACGAUUAUAAUCAA